AUGCCAAAAAUAGUUUUACGCUAUUUCGACGUUCGAGGGCUCGGCGAGGCAAUACGCACUCUGCUCGCAUAUGGAGGGGAGGAUUUUGAAGACAUUCGUUAUACUGAAGUAGAUUGGCCAAAUGUAUUGUCUUCAACACCAUUCAACCAAUUACCUACACUGGAAAUCGAUGGUAAAGUAUACGCUCAAAGCAACGCUAUCGCCCGAUAUCUCGGCCACAAGUACGGCCUAGCUGGGGACAGUAUGGAAGAGUCUCUCGAGAUCGAUCAAAAUGUCGAUUACUUCACCGACUUACGAAGCUCUGCUAUACAAGUGCAUUACGAAGAGGAUCCCGAAGUUAAAAAGAAACUACAAAACAAAUGUUUCAAAGAAACAGCUCCGGCAAUGUUAAAGAAAUUGAAUGAUAUUAUAAGCCGUAAUAAUGGUCACAUUGCAUUAGGAAAGCUUACAUGGGGUGAUUUUGUGUUCGCAGGAGUAUUCGAUUAUUUAAAAUUGAUGUUAGAGUUGCCAGAACUCGAAAAACAAUAUCCUAGUUUCCAGAAAGUCAUCGAUUCUGUUUAUUCUGUGCCUAAAGUGAAAGCAUUUAGUGAUCUAGCUCCUAAAACUGAUGUAUGA